AUGCAGCACCACGAGUGGAUACAAAGUCUUUUGGAAUAUGAAAUAAACUGGAAGAUUGUCACCUCCUUGGGAUGCCUCUUGGUGGCCAUUGUUUGUGGUCUGAAAUGGAGAAAGAAGAGGAACUUUCUCAAAAAAGUGGAAAAGGAGAGAAAAAGGAGAGAGAAAAAUGUGCAACUGAUGCAAGAAAAAGUUACCAAGUUCAAGAAACAGGUAAAAUAAUUAUUGUAACAAUGGAAAAUAUAAAUCAGAAACACAUGGGUUUAUUCAAUAAUAAACGAGGAGUCGCGAAGAAUCGAGAAACAAAUGUAACAUUAUCAGCCAAACUAAUUGGAUCGAGAAAUUCCACAAAUCGGGUAUUUUUCCAGCUCAGCUAUUUUUACCUAAACUUUGCUAUUUCCUGGAUAAUUCACCACAAUUCUUAGUUUAGUGAAUAAACCCCAAAGGCAAUGAAAAUACAGGGAACAUCGGCCCAUCCCCACCUAACAGAACAGACUUUAUUAUUUAUCUCUGAGUUUGUAUCUUAUACAAGACAGCAAUGUCUCUUCUGCUGUAUAAAUAUCUACCCCCUCUGCUGGAAGACAUUUAUUUUCUAUACAUUAACAGAUGUUCCUGUAAAAUAUAUUUCAAAUUUCUUCCCCUCCAAAUUCAUACUGUGCCGUUACUGGUUAUUUCCAAAACCUCUUCAAUAAUAAAAAAAUACAAUUUCUAUGACGUUGUUUUCUAACUUCCCUUUAUAAUUAUUUUCAGUUUGCUGUAUUUACGUUAAGGAUAGUGUGUAACUAUAAAUAGGGGACGUGACAUAUUAAUACUGAGAUCAGUUUUUUUUUUAAUUCUUUUUUUUUAUUUGAUUUCAUGCAUUUCAGAUCUGCACAGUAUUAAUUAUGGGAAAUCAGAUAUGUAAAUAGAAAUUUAUCUCUGUGAGCGUGACUCUUUAUAUACACACUCUCUCGAUAAGAUGAGCAAAUUACUGUGUGCACCAUACACUGCCCUAAUGACCACUGUUUAAAAAUACAUUCUAACGGGGGCGGGGCUUGGACGCCAUACUGGAGGGUCGUGGGUAACUUGAGCUCCUGACUAAUUUCUAAAUAAGCUUGAUUUUGGGGGUGAAAAAACCCUAUAAACUACCCUUUCCAUGUUGGUGCCCACGUCUGGCACUACCUGGGCACCUGUAAAGCGAGCUCCAGAUCCCGUUAUUCUGCUGACAGGUGGAUGCGGCCCUCAGCUUGUUGUGGCCUGGCGAUUUCUGGGUGGGAGAAGCGGCCAUUCUCUCAGUCCGAAGCUGCCUGGGCUUAAAUCUCUAAGGAUCCUCAGAGCCCUGUUUCCCCCACCCUCCCCCAGGCUGGUGGAGGUUAUCCCGCCCGAUCCAUCAAGAGAGUACUCAUCUACAUCGCUGCUGAGUUUCUUGGGCGAAAGCAACCCACAUUCGGCAUAUCCAAAAUGGCUGAUGGCACUACCCGGCUAUGGGAAGAAGAAUUCUUUGCAUCAUUCGACGCCAUGUGCCAGGGAUUUUGGAAGGACCGGGAAGACCCGAGGAAGCAACCUAUACUGCCCACGCCUCAGACACGGCUUCAGAUCCCAGCCUGCAUUCAGAGUCUGCACCGGCAGGAAAUUAAGCCAGUUACUGAAGCCUCACAACGCUCAUGCACUGGGGCGGAACAUCAUGGUACUAAAUCCGCGGACCGUAUCCUAGCUGAAGCGAGGGGAGCCGAUGCACAUUGGGCACAGACCCCUGAUGACACCCGGGGUUACUGCGGAGCCGCAUGAUGCAGCAUUGCGAGAAGCACGAAUCCCCAGAAGCUCCUGUCAAGACCCAGCUUAGCCCUUACAGGCGUGGGCUGAUCGGACUAUACUUUCCGAACGGAGAGGGUACCACUAACUCUUGAUCCUAACUGCAGCCCUAUCUGUCAAUUUUUCUCACUCACUCUCUGCUCUCCUGAUAUCUCUUCUAGUAACUAAACGUGUUUUCUUAAUCACAGAUGUUUUUCCAAUCGUACAAAUACUCAUCUCAUAUAAAUUCCUGGUUUCAGUCUGUAUAAUCUGAUACUUCUUAAAGUUAUAACUACUCAAUAUACUGUCAGUAAGCUAAGCAUAAUGUAUCUAUCAUUUAUGUCUCCGUACCUCAUGACGUAUUCUAGCUCGCCAUGUUUAAUAUAAAAAAAGAAAAUGUGCAGUUUAUGUGUGCCAUGAUAUUGUCUUUGAUAAAAAGCCUAUGUGUGCUGUUGUGGCACUUUAAACAUGUUUGUCAAUCACUUGCACAGAAAAAUAAAGAAUUAUAAAAAAAAAAAAAAAAAUACAUUCUAACAAUUAUUUUAUUAUUUUAUGCACCAAAAUAUUAAAACACAAUCAAAGAACCAAUUUAUUUAACACAAGUGUAAUAUGAUUCUUUAGUGUAUUAUAUUUCAGUUAAAGAAUGAAUCUAGAUUGACAAACAAUGCACCAUUCAGGUGUAUAAAGGAUUACGGUUGAUGUGAAAUUACUGCCUUCCUUUGUUUAAUUGCAUACCUCCCAAGUUUCCUGGGUUCAGUGUGAGAGCCCAAGUUCAGGGUCCUGUCCCACUGUAUCCCUGACAAACACAGUGAGGCAGUGAGGUCAGAUUGCUUCCUCCUCAGUGCCGCUGGGGAGGAGGCACACACCACAUGGAGGAGGAUGCAAGCAUUGUGGGGGAGAGGGACUGAGAAAGCUGAUGGCAGACUCCCAUCAGCCUGGGCCAGCAAGCUCCCACUGGACCCCAGGGAAGCCACCUUUCUGUACCCAAAAGGUAAGGAGACAGGAGGGUGGCUAAAUAUGUUUUGUUUUUUGUUUUGCUAAUUUCUGAUAUCACUUUUAUUUAAGUGUGUUGGUGUUUGUAAUGUAACACACAGGGAAUAAGUACAUGUUAAAAAUCCUAGAAGAACCUGACAGUUCCCUAUUAAAUAUAAAUUUAAAAAGUAUUUAUUUUAACAUAUUGCAUCAAGUGUUAUCAAAGGCUGUACACCAUUUUCAAAUGUCACAUUUGCCAAAUUCUGGACCAGGGUAUGUAAGAACAGAGUUGAGACAUUAUAUUGGCCAAGGUUGCUGGGAGUUGCUGUCCAAGAGCUGCUAGAAGGCAGAGAUUAAAAUAUGUAAAUGUACACAUAUAUAUAUAUGUGUGUAUCUGGCUGUGUUUAUGUCCUUGUGUGUAUCUGGCUGUGUUUGUCUGUGUGUCAGUGUUUCUGUGUGUAUGUAUACCUCAUACACCUGUAUGUGCACCUGUGUGUGUGUGUGUGUUUCGGUGUGUGUGUAAGUGUGCAUCUGAGUGUGUGGUAAUGCAUACAUCCCAGCAUUUUAAUGCCAACACAAAUACACUCCUACAUUCCAUCUCUAGCACUGUACACAUAUACACCCCUGCAUUUAUACCUUUAUGUAUGUGUGUAUCUGAGUGUGUGUGUAUAUACCUGUGUCAGUGUGUGUGUGUAUGUGCCAGUGUGUGUAUAUCAAAGUGCUUGUAUCUGUGUGUCAAAGGGUGUGUAUCUGAGUGUGUGUGUAUGUGCCAGUAUGUGUCAAGGUGUGAGCAUGUGUCAGUGUGAGCAUGUGUGUAUCUGCGUGUUAAUGUGUAUGUGUAUAUGUGUUAUAGAAAUCACACAACAUGCAAACAGACCCCUGCAAACACAAACAUUACAAACACACCAGUUUGCUGAAACACUAAUACUACACACAAAUGUACACAACACUACAUCCAAACACCCCCCUGCAUGCAAAUACAAACAUUACAUGCAAACACAUUCCUGUAUUAAAACGCUAAAAUUAUAUACAAACACCAACUCUACACACAAAAGUACACCUGCAUUUAAAAGCCAACACUACAAACAAUCACACAUCCCUGCAUUAAAAUGCAAACACUACACACAAGUACACCACUGCAUUCCAAUGGUAACAGUACAUACAAAUACACUCCUACAUGCACACAUAGACUCUAUACAAUAACAUGCUGACAUUCAUUUGCACAAACACUGCUCAAAAAUACAACCCUGCAAGGAUGGUAGAUCCCCAGCUGGCAUAGCAUCGCAGGAGUUGUAUGACAGAUGGGGAUCUAUCUUUUCUUUAAUCUUGUGCUACAGGGCAGGCCUGAAUUUUUUUGUUGUUGCACCAAGGCACUCUCUUCAUUAGUUUCGCCUCUAGGUUGGGGUGGAGGGAGUGAUUGCAUGCCCAGGGGGCCCAAACAGAUGCUUGCCCAGGGUCCAAUCAAUAUUAAAAACGGCCCUGAUUAGGGCCUGCUUUUUUAUGUUGCCAGUGACACAUACUGUGGCACAGGCCAACCUACUGCUGUGUAUGUAGUGCAGAACAAUUUACUAGUAAAUGUAUGCAUGUAUUAUUUAGUAAUUUAAAGCUUUAAGCUCAGCUGUUUGAGGAAGUAGCACCCCAAAGUUUGACACUGCGAUUUUCAAGCUUAGAGAUAUUUGGGGCUCUGAAUAAGGUGAGUUUAACAAUAUAUUCUGCACUGGUAUUUCUACAUAUUGGCCCACCUGCAAAUCCACCCACAGGGCCUGCCUCCAAGUCUGCUUACAAGGAUGCAGUUUGUGUAGAGUGGAUACAGGGUCUGCAGUGUGUGUGUAUAUUGGAUGCAGUGUGUUUAAAGUGGACAUGGUGUGUGUUAGUGUCUUUACUCGUAUGACUCGCUUCCUAAAUUUAAACUCCCUCCUCGAUCCUCUUCAGUCUGGCUUCCACCGCCUCCACUCUACUGAAACCUACACAGCUAAAUCCAAAGGCCACUGCUCCAUACUAAUUCUUCUUGACCUCUCUACCACUUUUGACACUGUUGAUCAUGUCCUCCUUCUCCCUCAGUCUCUGUGACACUGUCCCCUCGUGGUUCUCCUCCUAUCUCUCCCAACGUUUCUUCAGUGUCUCCUUUUGCAACGAGACUUCUUCCUCUUGCCCUGUCUUAGUCCCCUUGGAUCUGUUCUUGGUCCCCUUCUGUUCUCUCUUUAUACCACAUCUCUUGGCAAACUCAUUAACUCCUUUGGAUUAUCAUCUGUAUGCUGACGACACCCAGAUAUAUCUCUCCUCCCCUGAUCUCUCCCCCGCGGUCCUACAACGCGUCACCAAUUGCCUUUCUUCAAUCUGAUUGAUGUCCCCCCGCUUUCUGAAACUCAAUCUCUUGUUUUUCCUCCACAUAAUACUGAUCCUCCUCCUUCGCUCUCCCUGGAAGCUUUUUUACAUUUUUUAAUUAUCUUAAUCUUUAUUGGAAAAGUUUGUUUACAAAUAUACACAAAAAGACUAUCACACAUAUGUGUUGUCACACCAUACUAUUCAUACAAUAUUAUAAAAAUGCAUCAGUCAUAUAUAUAACAAAACAAAUAUUUGAUCCAUACAUAUUAUUAAGGGAGGAAGAGAGGAGGAGGGGAUUGUGGCAAUCGUUUCAUAUGGGUUGUCUGGGUGUGGGAGAGCUUUAUUUUAUGGAACAUUUAGAUCUAUUAGAUACCUAUACUUAAUUUUUGUUGGUAUUUAUUUUACUUUUUUUUCAACCAUUCAUUCCAUAUUGAGAUUUUUUUUUCCUGAAUUUAACAGAUUUAUAGUUAUAUAUUUUUGCAUUUGUAUUUGGGAAUUGUUUUUUUUUUUUUGCCUUAUACCAGUUGGGUUAGUUAGUUGAUUUCCAAUUCUGUGCCAGUGUAGUGUGUAAUAAUAAUAUUACACUGACACAGAAUACACACACAUACAGAAACAAACACAUAUACACACACUAAUACACAGACACACACACACUGAUACUCAGAUACACACAUAUACUGACACUCAGAUACACACAUAUACUGACACUCAGAUACACACAUAUACUGACACCCAGAUACACACAUAUACUGACACCCAGAUACACACAUAUACUAACACACAGACAUACAUACUGACACACACACAUGCAAGUCAUAUUUUAGCUAUCCUCCUGUUUCUUAUGUUUUGAGCAGGAGGAUGGCUGGGGCUGUCAAGAGUCUGUCUGACAGCUGACUCUCCCCUCCUCACUGCCUCCGCUCUGUCUCCUCCCUCCCACGUGAAGUAAGCUGGGAGAAAAGUGACCUGCCAUAAUAUUAAAGGGUUGCAGCACCGACCUGGCCCCUGAAGAUAUAUGCCCAUCAGGUGUCUCUAAGUGCAUUGGCCCCUCGUUGGGCACCAUCAGCGUGCGGGUCCCGGUGCAGCUGCACUGGAGGCAUUUCUGCCUCUACAGAAUGGGAAUGAGGAGCCUUGGCAGCUGGAUAGGAUAUCCAUGACAAUAAAUAUUUUUUACUGACUCCUCUGACCUCUAUAUUCCCGACCUAGAUAAUUAUAUCGUAUUUCCGUAUUCCUGGUAUCCUGAUCUUGGCUUGUUUUACAUUUUAUGCUUUCUCUAAUUUUUACUUUAAACCCGGCAGGUAACCCCAAAGUCAGGUAAUAUGUCCUUUCUGUCUAUUUUUUCCUGACCUAUACUUGUAAAUUGCGUAGGAUAGGCACGACACAUCUAUAGUCAGAGUGUGAGGAAGUGAGAGGUGCCCCCAUGUGGUUAGGGGCGAGAUGCCAGGGCAGAUAGAUUAUAAAUAGAUAAGGAAAACAACUUUGCAAUCUCAACAUCGAAGAACAAAAGUGCAUUCAGCCUAGCAAUACCGUAUAAUUUAAAAGAAUAUGACAGCAACUUCAUUGAAUUGCUCAACAGGGAGAACUUAUUGAAAUGAUCAACAAUUAUUAUAUAUGAGAACAGCAAAGGGGCCGGGCCAUCGAGAUAAAACCGGUUAUAAAGAAGGCAAUGUUAUGAAUACCUUUCUCACCUUUGUGCAAGUUGCUUUUUUUGUAACAUUAUAUCAUAGAUUUUUUUUUGUGAUUGUGUUUUGUUAAGCGCUUAAAAAAAAAUACAUUUUCCUCAACCCUUUCCAGCCCAACACACACGGCCACCCCUGGGGCUGCAGGGUCCCCCAGGAUUAAAAAGCAGGGUGCUUUUUAAUGAGCAACUGAAACCGGAUUAUUCACUAACGUGACAAUUGUAGGGGAUUUAAUAUUUUGCAGGAAUUUCAAGAUUUAGGCUAACAAAGCCAAACUUGAAAACAUCCCCAAGAUAAUUCAGUUUUCAUAUUUUGUUAUUACUGCCUUAAAUGUGAAAUUCACUUUAAAUUUACUUUGAACCUUAUAAUUGUGUGCUGUCUCUGUGCCGGGCAUUUUUCAGAAAUGAUGAUGAUUUUCAGAGUCUGAGAAUGCAUCCAUGUAACAAAACCACUACAGUAAGAUGAACUAGCGGUGGUGCUUAGAGUGUCCAUUUUAUAUCAACAGAGCUGCAAACUAUUCUUAUUGUAGCUGUCAGUGCUUCCCCACAGUAACAAAGAAAGUAAUGUGACCCAGAAAUGAAAUGCUAAAGAUUUCCUUAAAGGGACAGUACAAGCACCAUAACCACUACAUUUUGCUCCUUCGUAAGAAGUCAAAUUAUUUAAGCAAAAUUCCAAUCUGCUUAGCAGCAUCUGGACCACAGGUAAGAGAGUCAUAGUACUUCAGGCACUAUACCCACUACAGCAGUGCAGGAAUGUCCCUUUAGCUCUUCCUCCCAUAAUACUCUCUAUAUAUUUCUACUGCAGUGAACACAUCCUUACUCAGCACUGUUAUCGCUCCAUGAUACACUCCUGCAUGCUUGGCAUUUAUUUCAUAGUGCAAACGCCGUCACUGGGUCUACAUGCAUGGUGCCAGAGGGUUAAAAAUAGUUACACUGUAUUCUCGGGAGGUAAAAAACAUAAAUAAAUAAACACCCAGGGCUAACAUUCAAUUAAAGGGACACUGUAGGCACCCAGACCACUUCAGCUAAUUGAAAUAGUAUGGGUGCUGUGUCCCUUUUGCACUUAGUGCUGCAAUGUAAAACAUUGCAGUUCCAGAGAAACUGCAAUGUUUUCAUUGCAGCUCUAAGUCUGCCCUCUGUGGCUGUCUAACAGACAGCCACUGGGAGAGCAUCCGGAAUCCAAACCGACGUUAAAACCGUUAUCUGAUGCUGGAGGUCCUCACGGACCUCCAGCAUCAGAUUUUUCCAAUAGGAAAGAAUUGAAUACUGCUUUCCUAUGUAGAGGUCUAAUGCGCGUGCGGCCAUUGCCACGCAUGCGCAUUAGGUCUACCCUACCGACAGAUUUCGGCGGGGGAGGAGGUGGGCGGAGCAUGACUCAGCGCAGAGGGACAUCGACGCUGGAUUCAGGUAAGUGUCUGAAGGGGUUUUACCCCCGUCAGCCCUGUGGGAGGGGGAGCUCGAGGGAGGGGGCCACUCCAGGAGACUUCAACUGACUUCAAUGAAACUCACAUAACCUUUUAACAGUUCUGGUACAACGCAAUAGUUAAAGGGAUUCCUAUAGUGCCAAGAAAACAGGUUUGUUUUCAGGUUUGUUUGUUUUCCAGGCACAAUAGGAUCCCUUUAACUAUUGCGUUGUACCAGAACUGUUAAAAGGUUAUGCGACUUUCAUUGAAGUCAGUUGUUAGUAAGCAUAAAAAAUAAAACUGUUAGAUUCUGGAAAAACUGAUAGAACCUUCACCCAGUAACAUUUAUUCUGAUGCUCUCUGUAGUCAGUUCCUGAUCAGCAGAUGGAUACACGAAGAUAAAAACAAAAAGUUCAUUGUUUUUUAAAGGUACAUGAGUGGUUAGUGAUUCAGCAUAUUUUCUAUCAGUAAAUAGGAAAAUGCCAUAUCUUGUGUACUCCUAGUGUACUAUUAGUGGGUAAUUUGGGCUAUAAUUAAGUAGCUUUCUGACAAUUUUCUCAUAUUGCGAUUAUUAUUAAAAAUGUACUUAUUUUCAUUUAGUGUUUGAAUGCCCAGAGGCUGGAUGUAUUUUUGUGUAUUUUAUGUUUCUCUCGUUUCUCCGAUUCAUGUGCUCGGUCCUUUUCCAGAAUCCAGGAGUGGACUCCAGGAAGAUCCUGAAUCUGUCAUUACCGGAACUCAUCGUCAAGCUGAGAGACGGCUCUUUGUCUCUGGAGAGUGUCCUGUAUUCCUACAUUGAAAAGGUGAAUGCAGGGAUGUGUGUGUGUGUAUGUGUGUGCGUGAAUGUAGGGAUGUGUUUGUGUGUGUGUGUGUGUGUGUGUGUGUGCGUGAAUGUAGGGAGUGUGUGUGUGUGUGUGUGUGCGUGAAUGUAGGGAUGUGUUUGUGUGUGUGUGUGUGUGUGUGUGUGCGUGAAUGUAGGGAUGUGUUUGUGUGUGUGUGUGUGCGUGAAUGCAGGGAUGUGUUUGUGUGUGUGUGUGAAUGUAGGGAUGUGUUUGUGUGUGUGUGUGUGCGUGUGCGUGAAUGCAGCAGUGUGUUUAAAGUAGUUGUAUUUGAAUGCAGCAGUGUGUUUAAAUGCAUGGGUAUAUAUGCGUAUUGUUGGCAGUUGAAUGCUGGGGUAUAUUUGUGUCGUGUUGAAGUUUGAAUACUGGGAUGUAUGCACUGCCACAUGCACAUAUACACACACACUGACAUAUGAGCACACACACAGGGCUGCCAUAAGAAAUUUUGGGGGCCCGUACACCGUUAAAGGCUUGGGCCCAUUGGUCUCUCUCCCAAGUUCACCCACAAGAAUAAGAAAAUUCAUUUCAGGGCGUGUUUAUAGUGGAUGCCAUAUUGGCCUAAAGUACUACAAAUGGGCAAUCACCAACUGACUGGAGACUCUACCUUUUACAUGUAUGUCCCACUUAUUAGAACCAAACACUUUCAGGGUUAUUCAAUAAACUGAAGCUCCCGGUAUUCUCCUAUAUGAAGGAACACGUUUCCUGUACUCUUCUGUUUAAGGAAAUAAGGUCUAUAAAAACAAUUUACUAUCUCCUGCCCUUCCACAGGCUCUGGAGCUGGAUCAAGAUCUGAAUUGUGUUAUGGACUUUCUUACUGAUUGUGAAGCUCAGCUUCAAGACCUGAAAGAGCAAGAAAACAAGGGUCCAUUGUAUGGAGUUCCCAUCUCUAUAAAGGAACACAUUGGUUACAAGGUAUAGUUAUCAAUGACUAGUUAUUAAAUGGGAGAAUGGUACAUCAGAAUGAUAAACAUGGUUUAAAUUUCCAUUAGAGCUCGCUGGUUAUCAGAGGAAGUCUUGGUGGACUGGGUCCAUACAUAAGAUUAUAUUGAUCGUGUUGUAUACUGUGAUAGCAGGACACAAAAUAAUGUUUGUUCUCUGGCAAUUUCUGGAGCAAUAGAUGUGGUUUCUCCUUCUUAAUUUUUGAAGGUCUGAAACCAAGAUCCAUAAUGGGAAUGGUAAUAGGUCUCUAUGGUCAAUCAUGGUCACAAAGCAUUCAUUGGGAGACCAGAACCAAACUAAACAUUCUUACGUAUUGCUCAGAGAAGGUUGGUUACUAAAGUUGAGCGCUUGUUUCAUUGGCAUUGCUACUAUGGUUCUGACUCUUUAGGCUGGAGAUUAAAGGGACAUUAUAGUCACUAAAAUCACUUUAGCAUAAAGAAUUAGGUUCAGUGUCUUCUUGCUCAUGGCAAAUUGCUCUCUGCGUAGCUGUAAAGCCCAAAAUGUUGAAACAUAAAGCAGCUGUGCGUUCAGCCCCACUACUCCGAAGUGAAUCAGUGACUUAUCUCACAAUCAGGAAAAACAAAGUAAAAACUCUGCAAUUGUAAAUGUUUGCAAAGUUAUUACUAAUUGAGCAUUUCUAUUAAUAGACUGUUUGUGGAUCUACAGGGACACCCCUCCACGUGUGGCCUUGCACAAUACAUUGAUAAACUGGAGGAAGAGGACAGUGUUGUUGUUAAAGUAUUGAAGAAGCAGGGAGCGAUUGUGUUUGCAAAGACAAAUGUUCCGCAAUCUUUAUUAUGGUGAGUAUCCUAUUCAAUACCAUUACGUUGGCCUUGUGUACUGCAGUUUGUUGGAAACCGUUUGCAAGCCCUGACUUUGUUCAAUCGAUUCUCAGUUGGUAAUUUGUGAAAAUUAAAUGAUGGAUUCCAGAACUGCGCUUCUCGUGAAGGAAUCAGAACCUCAGAUGCUGUCUGUAUACAAAAGAAAUUGUUAGUAGGGGUAUUCCUUGUGUUGAUAUUUUGCUAAGUCAUAUCAUAUAUCAAAUAAUAAUAAUAUAUGAAUAAACUUCACUCACACAAAAGAUCAGGAAUAUAAUUUUUUUGGAGCAGGAGCUGCAGACUGCGGUGAUUGCACUCAACAGUCAUACUUUUCCUCUCUCAUUAGUUCAUGCUCCCGCAAUCCCAGACAUCUCUUUGACACCUUUAACUCACUUCUGCGCCCUGCUGCGGCCACCCCUCAAACUAACCUUACAGCUGGUGGCUUUGCAUGCUACUUUACCAACAAGAUUGAACAGCUAAGGAAACAAUUCUCCCCUCCUUGCCGUUCUCUUUCUCAACCAUACAUAAAUCAUGCCUUCCCUACCCUUCAGACUUUCUCCCCGGCUACUGAACAAGAGGUGGCUGCGCUUCUCCAUUCCUCUCGCCCCACCACUUGCCCGCUCGAUCCUGUCCAAUCUCACCUCACCAGAUCUCUCUCCCCUUGUCUUGUGCCUACCCUAACACACAUCUUUAACUGAUCUCUCUCUUCUGGCACUGUUCCUGCUGACCUUAAACAUACCACUGUAGUACCUAUCCUGAAAAAAACAUCUCUUGACCCAUCCUUCCCCUCUAACUAUCGUCCAAUAUCCCUGCUCCCUUUCUCAUCAAAGCUUUUGGAAAGACUUGUAUUUACCCGUGUGUCUCGCUUCCUCAAUUCCAACUCUCUCCUUGACCCUCUUCAUUCUGGCUUCCGCCCUCUCCACUCUACUGAGACUGCUCUCAUCAAAGUCACUAAUGACCUAAUCGUAGCUAAAUCCAAAGGUCACUACUCCAUAUUAAUUCUCCUUGACCUCUCUGCGGCCUUUGACACCGUUGAUCAUGCUUUCCUCCUUCAAACUCUUCAAUCGCUCGGUCUCUGUCACUCUGUCCUCUCUUGGUUUUCUUCCUAUCUCUCCCAACGCUCAUUCAGUGUCCCCUUUCCCAAGAAUACCUCCUCCCCUCGUCCUGUCUCUGUUGGAGUUCCCCAAGGCUCUGUCCUUGGUCCCCUUCUAUUUUCUCUUUAUACUGCCUCUCUUGGCAAGCUUAUUGCCUCUUUUCAAUUACCACCUGUACGCUGAUGACACUCAGAUAUACCUCUCCUCCACGGACCUCUCCCCUGCCGUCCUGCAACGUGUCACUGCUUGCCUUUCUUCCACCUCUGACUCCUCACGCUUUCUGAAACUCAAUCUCUCUAAAACUGAACUCCUUGUCUUUCCUCUUCCUAAUACUGAUCCUCCUCUCUUGCUCUCCCUUCAAGUCAGUGAUAUCCACAUAAGUCCAUCCUUGCAAGCAUGCUGUCUUGGCGUCAUACUUGACUCUGGUCUCACCUUUGAGCCUCACAUCCAGUUUGUUGCCAAAUCCUGUAGGUUCCAACUCAAAAACAUAGCCCGCAUCCACACCUUUCUUACGCAAGAUGCGACCAAAGAGCUUGUCCAUGCUCUAGUAUUUUCCCACAUGGAUUACUGUUACCCUCUCCUGAUUGGUCUCCCCAAAAGCCGUAUUGCCCCGCUACAGUCUGUAAUGAAUGCUGUAGCUAGACUGAUUUUCCUCUCUAGUCGGUCCCCUCACACAUCACCCCUCUGCCAGUCCUUACAUUGGCUCCCUGUAUCCUAUAGGAGUCAAUUCAAAGUGCUAACCCAUACAUUUAAAGCACUGAACAAUUCUAGCCCCUCUUAUAUCUCCUCAAUGAUACAUAGGUAUGCCCCUCCUCGUUGCCUCCGCUCUGCCCGUGACCACCUCCUGACCGCUGCUCGCACCCGUACUUGCAGGACCUCUCGCAGGGGGCUCCUUUCCUAUGGAAUAGCCUGCCUACCGCCAUCAGACUCUCCCCUAGUAUUCAAUCAUUUAAGAAGAGCCUUAAAAAAAGCUUAUGGCCUCCCAGAGUAACCUCCACCUUACAUACCUGUCUCCUGCUCUCUCCUAUUAGGCAGCGCUCUACUCUCUCCUCCAGCUCUGCUUCACUCCCACCCUAUUUGAUAUUUCCUGUCCUAACGUGUCUUAUACCCCACCGCCUAUAGACUGUAAGCUCGUUUGAGCAGGGUCCUCUUCAACCUAUCGUUCCAGUAAGUUUUCUUGUAAUUGUCCUAUUUAUAGUUACAUCCCCUCUCUCAUAAUAUUGUAAAGCGCUACGGAAUCUGUUGGCGCUAUAUAAUUGGCAAUAAUGAUAAUAAUAAUAAGAGUUAGAGACUUUUACUUAUUGCAAGGUAUAUAUUAUGUGCGAUAUUAUGGUGUUUUUUUAGUUCCUCAUAUUCCCCAUGAUCUCACAGCCGCCUCCUGACAAGGCAUUUGUAUAUUUGUACUAAUUGCCUAAUCUUACUAUGAGUUAUUUUAUGUUUAGAAAUUUGUGGUGAUUUGCAACAUAUAGAGCUUGAGUUUCAUUCUAGUUUGUGACAAUUCGCAGCACAGGGCAAACACAUUAAAACUGAUGGGAUCAUGUAGAUGGUUGACCUAAAGUCACCAGAACAACUACAGGUUAUUAUAAUUGUUUUGGGGAGUAGAAUCCUUCCCUUCAGGCUUUUUGCUGUAAAUACUGUUUGGGUUUACAUUACAGCCUCUACCUCUGAUCUGCCUCCUUGGAAGUCCAAGCCAAUCCAAUCCAAUGAUUUCCUAUGGGAAGCAUUGUGAUUGGCUGAGAUCACCACUUCGAUGUUGUCAGCCAAGCAUGCAGAUCAGGGCCAGAGCCAGCAGCAGCAGAUUGGAACAAAAGUAAAAUUUUACUAUAUUUAACGGAGCAAGGGAGGGCAGGGGGACUUGAUGGUGUUUUUAAGGGACAGGAAUAUAUGUUUGUGUUCUUGAUCCUAUAGUGCUCCUUUAACUUAAUAUUCCAUCUACUCAAACUAUGCCAGUGUAUACUGGGUUAAAUAAUAUCUGUAAUAAUUUAAGAGAAUUGUGAGCUGUUCUCACUUAAAGUGCAAGCAUGUCCUGUCUAUUUUUCUUUAAUAUUUUUGACAUAGUUAAACUUUGAACUUUUAUAUAUACAUAUAUAUAAAAGUAGAAAUACGUUUAAAAAUUAUGGGUACAUACCAGGGUGCAAAAACCAGCGAGAACAUAUAUAUUACGAAUGAUAAGGCGCACUCCUGGAUUUGAAAAGUCUUCAGUUUACUGUGUCCAUAAAUUCAGAGUUCAGCAGAUCAACGUUUCGACCUAUUCAGGUCUUUAUCAAGAUCAGAACAAAGUGUACAACAAUUAGUGCAUAUUUAUAAGAAAUAAAACAUAUUUGCUUACCAGGUGCAGUGCAUAGAACCUUCCCAAACGAUCGAGACGUCAUUACGUUACGUCCCGCGGUGAUUACAGCGGUUGCUCGGCAACCUCAGUGAUAUUAAGUGAGUGAAUAAGAGAUAGCCGCAGACUCUCUUUCUAGCACCGGAGGAUAUUAGGAACUACAGAAGAGACCAAAACGAGUGAAUAAAAAUCAUGAGAUUUGAAAAAAAGGGAAAAUGAUGUGUAAAAACAAUAUUGUAUGUCUCUACUGUAGAAUAGAGUUUUGAGGGUUUUAGGGUUGUACCUCUUUAUAAGAAUAGAAACAUUUGGUAUUUCUUUUUGAAAUUCAUCUAUUCCACAGAACACUGUCCGAUACAGAUAUAGGACAUUCUAUUCUACAGUAGAGACAUACAAUAUUGAUUUUAUUUUUUAGUCACUUAAAAAAUAUGACUGAACAAAAGAAAGACAAAUACAAUGUAAAGACACUAAGAACAUUUGUCAUUAUUUAUUACUAUAGCAGUAAAAUAAUUUAUAAUUACCAAAUGUUUAUUAGUCUAAAAAAUAUAUUUCACUUAAUGUUUCUGUGCUUCAAUCCCUGGCCUUACAUUGUUUGCAUUAGUGUGACAUGAAAUUAUAUUUUUCUGACAGCUAUGAUACCAGCAACCCGAUAUAUGGCGUAACGGUCAAUCCGCACAAUCACGCUAAGAGCCCCGGUGGGUCCUCUGGUGGGGAAGGGGCAUUGAUUGGCGGUGGAGGCUCAAUUCUGGGACUAGGAACAGACAUUGGUGGAAGUAUCCGUAUCCCUUCAAGUUUCUGUGGAAUAACAGCUCUUAAACCCACCCCGCAGAGGGUCAGGUAUGGCGCCUGUGCGCAGGAUGCAGUGUGUGGAUUUUCAAAGAUAUAUAUAUAUAUAUAUAUAAUGCAUUACUGUAAAAAAAUAAUAAUUAACUUUACGUGAGAUUUGUUUGCCUAUUUUUCAUUUCCCUACUGUAGGAACCUCUGCGUUUUUAGAUAAAUAUACAGUCAGGUCCAUAAAUAUUUGGACAUCGACACAAUUCUAAUCUUUUUGGCUCUAUACACCAACACAAUGGGUUUGAAAUGAAACAAACAAGAUGUGCUUUAACUGCAGACGUUCAGCUUUAAUUUGAGGGUAUUUACACCCAAAUCAGGUGAACGGUGUAGGAAUUACAAUAGUUUGUAUAUGUGCCUCCCACUUUUUAAGUGACCAAAAGUAAUGGGACAGAUUAACAGACAUAAAUCAAACUUUCACUUUUUAAUACAUGGUUGCAAAUCCUUUGCAGUCAAUUACAGCCUGAAGUCUGGAACGCAUAGACAUCACCAGACGCUGGGUUUCAUCCCUGGUGAUGCUCUGCCAGGCCUCUACUGCAACUGUCUUCAGUUCCUGCUUGUUCUUGGGGAACCCGUCCCUGGAAAAGUGGGAGGCACAUAUACAAACUGUUGUAAUUCCUACACCGUUUACCUGAUUUGGAUGUAAAUACCCUCAAAUGAAAGCUGAAAGUCUGCAGUUAAAGUACAUCUUGUUAAUUUCAUUUCAAAUCCAUUGUGGUGGUGUAUAGUGCCAAAAAGAUUAGAAUUGUGUCGAUGUCCCAAUAUUUAUGGACCUGACUGUACAUCCUCUACACUAACCCUGGGAGCAGUGACGUAUUUUUGUUUUGUGCUGCUCAAGGCAUCGCUAAAUGUGAGCACCCCACUAAUCAACGUUCAACGCACCUCUUCCUUUUUAGGCUCCAUCUUUUUUCUUUGAACGCCACCUCUCAGUACCUAAUCCUUUUAAGCACACACUUUCAUUGACCCAUACAUACGCACAGUGGCACAACACCGUUUAACCAACACACACUUUCACUAACAGGACACUCACUUACACACCCACUCACUGACAGAAACAUACUCUCACAUACACAUGCACUCACUGACAGAUACACAUCCUCACUGAUUUGACACACUUACACGCACUGACAGACACACACACAUUCACUGACUGACAGACACACUCACUGAGAGACACACUUACUGACAGUGACACAAACACUCAAUGCCAAACACACAGAUGUCACUGACAGACACAGACUCUCACUGGUUUGACAGACACUGACAUACAAUCACACACAUUUGCUGACAGACACGAACACACAUUCACUGACAGACACACACAGACAGACAAACACGCAGACAGACACACACACACAUACACACUGACAGACAUACUCACUGACACACAAACAUUCAAAGACACACUGACAGACACAAACUCACUGACAGACGCACACUAACAGUCACACACACAUCACUGACAGUCACAUACACAUUCGCUCAAACACAUCUUGUUUGCCUGGGAGUCGCUAAAUGAACCGCUGUAGCACUUGGUGUGUGCUUUAUAUAGUUUUCAAAUCAAUGUUAAACAUAAUGCAUUAAAUGGGAACAGUCAUAUCUUAUCACCUGUAAUAUUAUAUUUACUUAUACCAAUAGUUAUAUACACACCCACUCCUCUUUAUCCUGUAACUGGAUGUCUCCAUCUGAGCUCCCUGUCAAUCAUUGUUAUAAGCCCCACCCUUUGCACCUGCCAAUCAGCACAGAGCGAGCAUCCAGAGAAACAAUGUUUCUAUAUCUUCUCUUUGUGUGUAGUGUUUACUCUGGCUGUGCUUUGUCUGAACUGGAUUAUGAUGUAUUUUGCUAAUUUUUUUGGUAUCAAUUUAAAAAAAAAAUGGAAAAACAAAGAAAAGAUUAACACAAGUAGAUUAUCAAUGUUUUAAUGAAGGAGUAAAUUUCAGAGAAAUUAUAAUUUAAAGAUUUGGGUCAACUCCAAUGUGACCCUUUAAUGUGCUCAUUAAGCCUGUGUGAAGAGGUACUAGGUAUCGAACUAAAGGAAAUAUCUAAAUAUCACUGAUUAAUAGAAUUUUUGUUUCUACAUAUUUCCAGUCUGGGUGAGAUACGCUCCUGCAUUGAAGGCUUCACCGCAAGUGAGUUAAUUAGUAUUUUUUUAAUUAACGGAUGGCGUUAGAAUGUAAUAAUCUGUGUUAAGUUGCAGAAUAUUUUGUAGGUUUAUAAAUACAAUAAUAAUAAAUGGUCCUAGUCGCUGGGACAGUCGUGGGUUAUACAGGGUUUGUCCACGGGAUACAGCAGUGUUAAAGCUCUUAAUCAGACCUUUAUUGACAAUAUUAACCAGAACAUUCAUUCUCAAUUUAGAGACUUGGUGUGCAAUAUGACUGACACUGGAAUAGUUCAAUGUAGUAAUGGUUAAUCAUGGCAGGAACUGCAGAGUUUACUGGACUAUAUUUCCCAGAAAGCCUUUAUGCCGUAUAUAAUAUUAUAACUGCAUUAGUUUGUGUUGUUGUAAGUGGCAGAGUUGCUGUUCUUUUUAUCUAAUCGCACAGACACUGAGAGCUGUAUAUAUAAACAUGGCGUGCUGCCUGGUAUCAGCUCAGCUAUUUUUACGAUGACUAUAGUUAAAGUUAAAAAAAAUGUAUAGCUAAAUAUAGAUUGAGAAACCUUAACCCUAUAACUCACAAACACUUGAGAUCUGCAAGAGAUUCCUUGAUUAGAACACAUUUGUAACGGAUCGCCUGGCACCCCGACUGGGUACCUCCGUUGAAAGAUGCUCCUAGCGCUUCCAGAGGACUCCAAUCACUCCACCAGACACCAUAAGCACCGCAGGCUGCAGCUAUCUCCCUUCAGAACGAAGCAGGAACAAGCUCUUACAAGAGCUCAGUGAUUAUAGCAAGGGAAUAUGCCUAGCAUAGCAAUCCCUUGUAGCAGAUUCCCCCAAUAAGAGACAGGACUCAAGUUGAGGGUAAAAAUAGAACUCUCUGGCUGCUAGCUUGCAGCCCUUUUUAUUAGGUGCUCCCAUGAAGGGGAGGGACACACACAGUAACGUACAUUAACCAAUCACACAAUAGUUACAUCCCACACAUAGCCCUCCCCUCUACCUGUAAACUAAUUAUCUGUACACACAGGGAAAUACAAUUAUCAUAGGUAGGGAAAAUACAGUUUUUACACAACAUUCAUAACUCCCAAAAUAUACAUCACAUUCGCAUAAAAUUACAUACUGACACAUUUAGUACAUAAAACACACAUUUCUACAUAUCCCCAGAUAGCUUGGAUCUGACUGCACAUUAUUAGAUGAAUGGCACUCAGAUCACACGAAUAAGCCUUUCUGCAGGGAAAAUAAACAGUUUAACCUGCAGGGCCAUAGUCCAAAGGCAAGAGGCGGGCAAGCAGCCCCCUCCAAGGACACGUGGCGAGGUCGGUUUUGCCACAACAUUUAUCUUUAAAUUUUUAUUUUUGGGGAGCUAGAUUAAUCUUAGGUUGUUAUGUAACAAUAACAUAAUGUUAUAUUAUUUUUGUAUGUGUUCAAUAAAUAUUUUCUUCCUGUGCGUGAAUAUUUUUCAAACAGUUCCAGAGAUUCUAAUUGCAUUGAAUAAUUCAGGUCCUGCUGAUCUAAUCCCUUUAUUUAUGAUUGUGUUCUAAUUUUCUUGGUUAAUGUGGAUGUAGUGUAGGUAUUUUACUUGGCACCUUACCCCCUCAUCCCCCCCUACCCCCCGUUACUUGUAAAACAAAACACGUUUACACCCCUUGGACCCAGCUUUGUGUAAGUGGACAGUUUAUUGUUUCAGUACCUGUAGCCACGGGACCCAUGGCCAGAGACGUGGACAGCCUGGUUCUGUGCAUGAAGACUCUUCUUUGUGAUGAAAUGUUCAAGCUGGACCCAACAGUCCCACCUCUUCCUUUCAAUGAUAAGGUGAUAUAUGCUGACUCGGGAUAGCUGCCAUUCCCAAAAUGCCGUCAAGUAUGCAGAAGGCAGGGUUACUGUGAGGAUUAAGUGGGAUAGCAUGUCUCACUGAAUUAAGGCCAUGGUCGAUACCAAUAGCAGAUGGCACCAAGGAGCCUAGUGUUCAGCAUAAUAAGUUUAGAACCUUUGUAAACAUUGAUCUAAUGAUACACCUUACCAGUGGUAUUGAUCUUGCUCAUUGAUGUUAAUGUUGAUAGAAUUGGAUAAGACGCACUUUGGCGUUUAUUCACUAAACACCACUAUGUUGGUUAUUAUUAUUAUUAUUAUUAUUGCCAUUUAUAUAGCGCCAACAGAUUCCGUAGCGCAUUACAAUAUUAUGAGAGGGGGGAUUUAACUAUAAAUAGGACAAUUACAAAUAAACUUACAGGAACAAUAGGUUGAAGAGGACCCUGCUCAAUCGAGCUUACAUUCUAUAGAUUGAAAUCAAUCCGUACUGUAUUAAUUCAGUCUAAAAAAAACUGAUUUGCAAAUUCCAAUUUAGCUAUCUUCACAGGUUGGCAAACAUUUGGUGUUUAGUGGAAUAAGGCCAUUUGUGUGGAUUCCUGUGUAUUUUAUUUAUCUGCAAUUUUGGAAGCAGCUCGGUACAACCAUUUGCACUACCACUCUUUACCACCAGGGGUCGGGCACAUUCUUUGAGUAUGUAUAUAUAAAGAGUGUGCUGUUACCACAUUUUGUGUGUGCACGGAGCUGGUAGAUCUGCAUAACCCUAGCCAUUGAUGAGACUGUUCUCAGUUGCUGGGUUGACUGUAAAUAAUUGUCCUGCACGUGGAAAGGUCUUCCUUUGCCUGGCCCAUCUUCCCAAGUCAUGUUUCUAUUAAAGGGACACUCCAAACACCACAAUCACUUAUUCUCUUUACAUAGUCUGUGCUCCAAGGAACUCCUGACCCCUUUAUUUGUCAUCCCAUUCAUUAUGGUUGCAGCAGUUUGCAAAAUGUAUUGAUGCUAGUCUACACCCACCUAAAAUAUGACAUGGCAUGAGAAAGCUGUUAAUAUUUUGUCCUGCAAUUAUCCCUGCAAAAUUUAACUAUCUCCUGACUGGUCAAGGCCAUGCCCAGCGUAUAAACAUGUGUGAGUCGAAAUCAAUUGUACAGGUUCUCUUCAUAUUUUUCAAUGACAGAACUUUUGAAGCUGCCAUGCACAGGCUGAGCAGUAAGUGUCUUCGUUCACGAAAAAAAUUAGAAUGACACUACUUAGGAAACAAACAACUGAUGAACUUCAGAUCCCGUAAGCACUAUUUGUCUUUGAUAUUGUGGGAUAUGUACAAUGCUAACAUUUAAAAUCAGUGGAAUGACAGAAUGGGCUGUGAGAUCUCAGCAUCUUUCUGAUCCAUAUAGAAGCUGCAGAUUUAAAACAAGCUGAGUACUUUUUUAUAUUUUGAUUUUAUAUAUAUUUUACCUCCAUAAUUACUUAAAAUGUGCACCUCCAGCCAGAAGUAUUGACUGUGGGUUUAACAGAGAUUCCUGUGGGUUGGUGGAACCUUUUUUCACUCUGAGUUAGAAUGUUCAAGUCAUGGGUUUAGUGUACAGAUGAUGUAAGAAAGCUCAUUUCUGGAUUCUUCUCUAUAGGUCUAUACAUCGCCCACUCCUCUCCGUGUGGGAUAUUAUGAAACUGACGGAUUUACAUUACCGCACCCUGGCAUGAGACGGGCAGUGUUAGAAACCAAAAAACUCCUGGAGGAAGCUGGGCAUACGGUAAUUAUUGGCAGGGUCUGAGUUACAGUCAAAUAUACUGCAAAUACUUUGAAACACUGGAAGAAGUUAAAGGAACAAAAUAGUCCUGGAAUGCAGCAUUAGGUCUCUGGCCCUCCAGAGAUUAAUCCCUUAGUGACCGGACCGUUUUUCAAUUUUCUUACCGUUAAGAAACAUAGAAACAUAGAAACAUAGAAACAUAGAAACAUAGAAUGUGACGGCAGAUAAGAACCAUUCGGCCCAUCUAGUCUGCCCAAUUUUCUAAAAACUUUCAUUAGUCCCUAGCCUUAUCUUAUGGUUAGGAUAGCCUUAUGCCUAUCCCAUGCAUGCUUAAACUCCUUUACUGUGUUAACCUCUACCACUUCAGCUGGAAGGUUAUUCCAUGCAUCCACUGCCCUCUCAGUAAAAUAAUACUUCCUGAUAUUAUUUUUAAACCUUUGUCCCUCUAAUUUAAGACUAUGUCCUCUUGUUGUGGUAGUUUUUCUUCUUUUAAAUAUAGUCUCCUCCUUUACUGUGUUGAUUCCCUUAUAUAUUUAAAUGUUUCUAUCAUAUCCCCCCUGUCUCGUCUUUCCUCCAAGCUAUACAUGCUAAGAUCCUUUAACCUUUCCUGGUAAGUUUUAUCCCGCAAUCCAUGAACCAGUUUAGUAGCCCUUCUCUGAACCCUCUCUAAGGUAUCAAUAUCCUUCUGAAGAUACGGUCUCCAAUACUGUGUACAAUACUCCAAGUGAGGUCUCACCAGUGUUCUGUACAAUGGCAUGAGCACUUCCCUCUUUCUACUGCUAAUACCUCUCCCUAUACAACCAAGCAUUCUGCUAGCAUUUCCUGCUGCUCUAUUACAUUGUCUGCCUACCUUUAAGUCAUCAGAAAUAAUCACCCCUAAAUCCCUUUCCUCAUAUGUUGAGGUUAGGACUCUAUCAAAUAUUCUGUACUCUGCCCUUGGGUUUUACGUCCAAGAUGCAUUAUCUUGCACUUAUCCACAUUAAAUGUCAGUUGCCACAAUUCUGACCAUUUUUCUAGUUUACCUAAAUCAUUUGUCAUUUGGCUUAUCCCUCCUGGAACAUCAACCCUGUUACAUAUCUUAGUAUCAUCAGCAAAAAGACAUACCUUACCAUCAAGACCUUCUGCAAUAUCACUAAUAAAAAUAUUAAAGAGAAUGGGUCCAAGUACAGAUCCCUGAGGUACCCCACUGGUGACAAGUCCAAGCUUCGAAUAUAUUCCAUUAACUACAACCCUCUGUUGCCUGUCACUCAGCCACUGCCUUACCCAUUCAACAAUAUUUGAAUCCAAACUUAAAGAUUGCAGUUUAUUGAUAAGCCUUCUAUGUGCAACAGUGUCAAAAGCCUUACUGAAAUCUAGGUAAGCAAUGUCUACUGCACCACCCUGAUCUAUAAUUUUAGUUACAAAGGACCAGGGCCGUUUUUACAUUUCUGCUGUGUUUGUGUUUAGCUGUAAUUUUCCUCUUACUCAUUUACUGUAACCACACAUAUUAUAUACCUUUUUUCUUGCCAGUAAAUGGUCUUUCUAAAGAUACCAUUAUUUUCAUCAUAUAAUAUAAUUUACUAUAAAAAAAUAAUAAAAUAUGAUGAAAGAAUUUAAAAAACACACUUUUUCUAACUCUAACACCUGUGCUAAAUAGUUUCUAAAUUUUGUCCCGAGGUGAGAAAUAUCCAAUGUUAACAUGUUCUUAGCUUUUUUUUUUGCAAGUUAUAGGGCUAUAAGUACAAGCAGGACAUUGCUGUUUCAAAAUAUAUAUAUUUAAAAUUUAUCAAUAGUGACAUUGUAACACUGUUAUCUGUCAUAAAUCUCUGAAUCACACCUAACAUGUACAUAUUUUUUUGAAGUAGGCAACCCAGGGUAUUUAAAAUGGGGUAUAUCCAGUCUUUUUCUAGUAGCCACAUACACUGGCCAAAGUUAACAUUUAUAUUUGUUUUUGUGUUAAAAAUGCAAAAAACAAUUAUGAACUAAUUUUGGCCAGUGUUUGUGACUAAGUGGCUACUAAAAAAGACAGAACAUACCCAAUUUACAAUACCUUGGGUUGUCUUCUUUUGCAAAUGGUAUGCCAUCAUUGGGGUAAUUCUCAUUUCAGGGCUAUAUGUUCUCAAAGGCAACAUAACCAAUCUGGCAAAUUUCAAUGUGAAAAAAUGGAAAAUCAAGUCUUAUAUUUGACCCUGUAACGUUCAAAAACACUAUAAAACUUGUACAUGGGGGUUACUGUUAUACUCGGGAGACUUCGGUGAACAUAAAUAUUAGUUUCAAUACAGUAAAACAUAUCACAACAAUGAUAUCAUCAGUGAAAGUGACGUUUGUUUGUGAAAAAUGCAAAAAACUUCACUUUCACUAACAAUAUCAUCGUCGUGAUAAGUUUUACUGUUUUAAACACUCAUAUUUGUGUUCAGUGACGACUCCCGACAUCUUUGUGCUCUAGACACCAGAACCAAUACAUUAAGCUGUGUGAUAUUAAAAAUGUACAGAUAUGCGCAUUCAGUUUCAAAUGAAUUUUCCUACAUUUUGUCCAAAAUCUAAUGCACUAAAUGGACAAAUCACAAAACAAGCAAAGUAGACAAUGCCUGAAACCAUUUAGUUUGUUUUGUGAGUCCUGUCCUUUGCACCAAAAAAAUAAAUUCAAAAAUGAUUGAUGGAAUAAAAAAUGAGUGAUGGUUAGGGAACAGCCACUAAAUGUUGAUUUUAUUUAAAUGCACUUAUUACACAAUAUUUAUAUUUUGCAGUAGAGUGGCCAAUUUUCUUGGCUUUUUGGUUUUCUCAAAUAUUUUUUCUCAAAACGAUUGCAUGGACGGAGUUAGCCCGAACUGAUAAGGAUUAUUUUUGAAUCGCCCGAAACAAGUUUUGUUCCCUAGAUGUACUGACUUAAUUCGCCAUGUACAAAUUUAAAAAUUAGCAAUCUUAUGUACGAUUGUAAGUGGUCAGGAUCUCAAACCACGUCCAACUGUAGCUUGACAAAGACCCUUUCAGGGAUUGAAAUGUUGUGAUGUUGCACAUUUGAAGAUACUUGGCGUGCCUGGAUCCUCUUUCUACUACUGGUAUCUACUUCCUGGGGCUGGUUCUGGCCCUUGGUCCAUUGUAGCACCAGGAUCUGCUUGUGAUUGGAGCAUGGUUUGUUUUUUUCUCAGUUUGCAUUCGUUGACCUAAGUUUGCCUAUCCACUUUGCCACAGUUCAGUAUUUAGUGAAUGAAAGAUUAAAACAAAAAUGUAAAAUGUGUGAUUUGCUUUUUUAGCUGAUCCAGUUUGCCCCUCCGAGAAUAGAUUACGUGAAAAAUGCUCUGUUCAUGAAAAUCUUACUUGGUGACGGAGGAGAAAUUCUACUGGAAAAAUUGUAAGUUAAAGAAUCCAGUUAUAAUUUAGGAGCCACGAGCGAUACCACUUAAUUGUAUGAUCCUUAAAUAAAUUUAAUUUAAUGUUCUUAUUAAAUUUUGGGUUGUCUGCAAAACAAAGACAGCUUCCCGUGAAUUCAAGGCGAUCAAUCAAUUAAACUGCAUCGAGGACAGAAUUCUAUGUAAAAUAUUUUUGGGAUAGUUGAUGCAAUUUUAGAAAAAGUUUUAGUUUUAGAAAUAGGGUAAAGAAAAUAUGAAUACAGCAAGACAAAUACAGUCUCCAUAAUACAUUUAAAGGGACACUCCAGACCCGUAAAGCACUUUAGCUUGCCUGAAGGGACCACUCAAAUAAAACAAAUUGUUUAUUGGAUAAUAAACAUGAAAACUUGUUCAAUGUUUAACUGUGAAUUAUUUUUUUCAUUGGGAUACAUCUAAAAACAUUGUGCAAAAGCUGCAGGUCUCUUGCUUUAAUGUUUAGGGGUGUCCCCUUUAAGUGCUUUAUGUGUUCACAAAGUGCAGAUUUCAAUAGAUAUUAAGAUUAAGGAACAGUGCAUACACAAAACAAAAUACAGUUUUAGACUUUACAAUGCACUUAAAAUCACUGAUCUUAGCAAACCAACACCAUAUUCAGUCGCACAAGUUUUGUUUGCUAUGAUUUUUUUUGCCCCCUUGAGGAAGGCUUCAAGCCGAAACGUCGCGGCUUUGUGGUCUCCAGCUCUGUGUCAGUAUAUUCGAUUGUACACUUGCUAGUAGGUUUAAACUAAGAGCACUUUACAGUUUGUUUUGUGUGGUUAUAUAUGCAGUACAUACUCUUUGCAUGUUUUAUCUGCAUGUUUGCACUUUGCACUUUGAUGUAUUCAUUUUAUCAUCAUAUAAUAAAAUAUUUUUAUGUGCAAUACUUAUUGAUGUGCUUUAGGUUUGUUACUGAUGAGAUUUUAAGUAGCCUUGUGAAAUUUAAAACUGUAUUUUUAGUUUUAAAUUUUUAAUUUGUGCGCUGUUCUUUAAUCUACAUUUUGGUCUUCACAGCAGCACCACUAUUAAGAAAUGCAUGUUGCACGUGUGCCCUCCAAUUUCAUGUUUUUCUUUGUAUAUUUAGAAUCUGGAUCAGAUUCCUAUUGGACUAAGUACCAUUGGCAGAACCACUGCCGGCACACUUUGGGGGCCCUUCGGGUUGUCCGUGCAGUUGGGGCCACCGGAUGGAUAUUAUAUCUUUAUCGCUGAUCAGGGGCCUGGAUGAGCACUGUGGCCCUUUUAAGUGCAUGACCGGGCCCCUGUAGUGUUGGUCGGCUGGGAAGAAGUAACAGUCUGUGUAGGACCCACCGAUAUUGUACUGUGACAUAGUGGUGUGCUUAAUACAGUACGACCAUAUGGUGUAACUGAAUCUCUGUAUUUGUUUUCAAUGAUAGGUGAUUUUAAGUAGCUUUGUAAAGUUUAAAACUGUAUUUUUUUUUGUGUGUGCUGUUUCUUAUUCUGUAUUUUGUGUUUAUUUCGGUCUUUACAGCAGCACCAGUUCUAACAAAAUGCAUGUUCUGGGUGUGCAUCCCCAAUUCCACUCUUAUUAAAAGGAUUCUAUAGUGUAAGGAAUAUAAAGUUGUAUUCCUUUCACUGUAAUUCCCUCUGCUCCCUCCUCCCCCACUCAGUUGAGGGACCCUUUAAACAGAUUAUUUCAUUAUUCUCAAUAAAAAUUGAUAAUUCUUGUCCAUAAAAUAAGGACAUCAUGACACAAUACAGACACUGCAUGGCACUCUAAUAUUCUGUUAAAUAGGUGUACAGCCCCUUAAAGUGGAAGCAACCAUAUUAUACACAAAAAUUUUUGAAGUUACACAAUUCAAAUUACAUAUAACCUAUGUAAUUUCACAAAUCCAUCACAUUAAAGAAAUGAAUUAUGUAAAGGAAAUUAAAUAAAAUGCAUUUAUUUGCAUUAAAAGUAAGAAGUUGUUAUUAACAAGAACAUCAUGUAUAAUUCUUAAAGUUACAUUCAAAAGUGAUGAUAACAUUCUAAUAUUGCACAAACAAGGUUUUUUUCAUUUGUUUUGUGUUUAUUUUCAUUCUAUGACUUCAUGUCUUCUUCUCUCAGUAACCAUAAUUCGGUUGACCCAAAUCUUAGUGGUCUGAUCUCGAUGAUUCGCACUCCGACAGUGGUGAAGAAAGCUUUGUACUUUGUCCUUAAGCCCUUGGUAAGCAAAAUGAGAAGGACCAUGGAACCCUGAGUAUGGCAACUAUGAUAUACAGUAACACCCAGGAGUGAUGGCACUAAUACGGGAACAAAAAUCACACUACCUGCCAGUCAUCUUUGUAAAAUCAUAGCUGCCAUAGUAACUCUCGUCUUUUGCCACUGUAGCCUUGUACAAAUUGUGCCUAGAAGUCAGCUCAUCCAAAAUCAUUCUCAUGUUCUCUUUUAGAAUUUUGUUUUCUACUUAAGAAACAUCUAAGCUUUUUUCUUCUUUUAAUCUUUCUCUGAUUUGUACAGUCUGGUGAUCCAUCUGAUUCUAUCACUCUUAGUUUCCAAGUUUGGUGUGAGAAUGAAUACCAUAAGAUAGAAUAGGCUCAUAUAGAUAUAGAUAUGUUGUUUGGUCCAACAAGUGAAGUCUUGGGGCCUCCAAAACAUCAACUGUCAAUCUGUGAUGGUAUCACAUGGCCUAUCACAUCUCUAUGUACAUUCACAAAAAGACUUUUAAAGUUUCCAUCGACAACAGACUGUAACAGUGAAGGGUAGGUCAACGCUGAUGAGGAAUAUAGGGGUUGGAAAGAGAAUAUGGCGGUGCUUGAGGAUGUAAUACAGAGGGCGGGUAGAUUUAUAUUAUUUAAUAUCUAAUUAGUAAUUUAUUUAAUAAAGCACUGUGAUAAUGUUACACUCUUUGUGUCUUUGUUUCCUGUAGUUUCCAAGGAUUGCCAGUUCUGUAAUUAGCGCUAUAGGUGCAAGGUAACAAUGUGAAGCUUUGUAGCUGACUGAGUUUGUGAUCUGUUGCAUUUUUUUUUACUGUAUUUAUUACUGUUAUUAACCAGCUUCCUUUCUGACACAUUGUUUAGCUCUGUGAAGGAACUGUGGACCGAUCAAGCAUUGCUGCAGGUACUGGACCUCUAUCCCAUCAUGCUUUACUGCUCCCCAUUAAUAGUGUCAGUCACAGCAUUACUGAUCCUGGGUACUGCCCUCCGGUUAUGGAACUUUUUAAAGUUCAAUUUGGAAUAUUUUGGCAUAGGCCUCAAAUUAGUAUUUUUGGAUAAACCUUCCAUAAAAAUACCCAGAUAAUUUAUUGGUGACCUCUGCAGAUAAAUAAUUUGAAAAGCUUAUCAAAAAAUGUUAAAUCAAUGCCAUAAUUUGGGAGAUCUGUGGCCUUUUUUGUAUGACGGAACCUUAAUCCUAAACGCCAGAGGGUUAUGUGAUACACCUACAGGUGAAACAUCGCAAGGUUUUCUCUGCUGUUUGAAGGGGUAAAAGGACUAAGCACCAGCAGGUGAACACUCCUCUGAAUAAUUCCUCUGUUGGUGAAAGUUUCUGAAAAUGGAUCUAAUAAAUGGUCUCAGUACAAAGAACAGAUUACACAUAACAUGCAGGCUGGUUAUAUCCAUUGAUUGUAGCACUUAGAUUGAUACUUUUACUAUUGUAUCCUUCUAAUAUGUAUCUACCAUUUCAGGAAUACCAAGCUGAAUUCAUUGCGGAGUGGAGGAAGCUGGACCUAGAUGUCAUUCUCUGUCCUAUGUUAGGACCAGCCUACAAUAACGGCUAUGCUGGAAGACUGUUAGGUACGGUUAUAACGUUACUGUCAUUUAAACCGGCUGCCAAUCAUAUUGUAUAUAGCUUCAAGUAAUAGACAAAUGCAGAUAAUCUAGUUGAAAAAUACUUUAUUUGGACAAAUAAACCCAAAAGUUGCAACAUUUUACCCUGUAAGGCCUUAACACUAAAAUGCUGUGUUUGUCUCAAAAAUUUAAUCCUUUUCCAUUCUGAUUAGUCAUUCUAUCUCCAGGUUACAAGUUUUUUGUUUUAAAAAAAAAGAUAUUUAAAAUUAGGUUCCACAAUGAGUUCUUAAUCUUUCAGCUGCUGCGUCAUAUACAAUUUUGUUCAAUGUGGUACAGUUCCCAGCCGGUGUCGUAACUGUGAGCUCUGUCACUCAAUCAGAUGAGGAUGAAAUGAAGCAUUACAAAGGCUACUACAACGAUCCUUGGGAUAAACUAUUCCAGCAGGUAGUUUUACUGUAUGGCUUGCUGUGAAUUCAUUGAAAUCUUCACAAAUGUACCAUGGAGGAAGCCAGCAACAGAGCUGGAUGAAUGUUGCCCAGGACCCUAGAUGGGGUAUCAUAUUGGGACGCUCUCCUAGAGUUUCUGUGAAUGGUGUGUAGUGGUCAAGUAUUGUGUGUGUGGAGCAGGGUGUGUGUGCUGGAGGAUCUUUGUCUGUGAAUUUGUGUCUCUCUGUCAGUGUGCAAGUGUAUGUCUGUGUCUGGGAGCAUAUGUAUGUGUGUAGUUGCUGCUAUCGUUGUGUGGAAGGGGCUACUUGUGAUUUGUGUGUGGUGCUUACACUGAUCAUCCACAACAAUAAAACAACUGACAGGUGAAGUGAAUAUCAUUGAUUAUAUCAUUACAAUGGCACCUGUCAAGGGGUGGGAUAUAUGAGGGAGCAAGUGAACAGUCGGUUCCUAAAUUUCAUAUGUCAGAGGCAGAAAAAAUGGGCAAACUAAAAUAUCUCAGUGACUUUGAUAAGGGCCAAAUAGUGAUGGCUUUGUCAGAGCAUCUCCAAAACAGAAAGUCUUUGGGUGUUCCUGGUGUGCUAGGGUGCAAGAAGAAAGUGAACUUGCGUCAGGGUCAUGGAAAUCCAAGGCUCAUUAAUGCACGUGGAAGCGAAGGUUAGUUAGUCUGGUUUAAUCACACAAAAGAGCUACUAUGGUGGAAAGGUGUCAGAACAUAUAGUGCAUCACAGUUUGCUGUGUAUGGGCUUGUGAAGCUGCAGACUGGUCAGAGUGCCCAUGAUGACCCCUGUGAACCACCAACAGCACCUUCAAUGGGGCGUCAGAACUGCACCAUGGAGCAAUGGAUGAAGGUUGCCUGGUCUGAUGAAUCACAUUUCUUUUUGAUUGGAUGGAUGGCUAUGUGUGCAUCAUUUACCUGGUGAGGAGAUGGCAGCAAGAUGCACUAUGGGAAGAAGGUAGGCCGCCGUAGACCAUAUUAUGCUCUGGGCAAUGUUCUGCAAAGAAAACCUUGGGUCCUGGCAUUCAUGUGAAUGUUACUUGGACAUGUGCCACCCACCUAGAGAUUGUUGCAGACCAUGUAUACCCCUUCAUGACAAUAAUGUACCCUGAUGGCAGUGGCCUCUUUCAGCAGGAUAAGGUACCUUGUUACACUACAAAAAUUGUUCAGGUAUGGUUUGAAGAACACGACAAAGAGUUGAAGGUGUUGCAUUGGCCUCCAAAUUCCCCAGACCUCAAUCCCAUUGAGCAUCUGUGAGAUGUGCUAGAACUGCAAAUCUGAUACAUGGGGCCCCCACCUCAAAAUUUGCAGGACUCACUGGCAUACAUACCGCAGACGCAGGGGUCACGGCUGCGACCGGGCCUCCAGGGGGCCUGGCCACCCUGCGACCCGGUAUGUAUGCUAGUGUGGCCACAUUUUGCCAGCCUCUUCUCCUGGGGGCCCAGGAGCUGGUCACCUCAGGGCCCCCCGAGGCUGCAAGUGGCAUCAUUUUGAGGGCGGGUGCGCAAGGGAGCAUUCUCCCCUGAACGUUCUCUGCCCAGCUUCCUUGCGCGCACUGAUGCCAGAGCCCGAUAUGACAUCAUUCCGGCUCCUGCAGUGCGCGAGGGAGCUGGGCAGAGAGUGCUCAGGGGAGAAUGCUCCCUCGCUGCCUGCAGGACCGGCCACCCAGCAGCACCACUGGACCCCAGGGAAUCCCCUCAGCACUCCCAAAGGUAAGGAGGCUGGGGGAUUAAAUUUAAAAAAAUAUAUAAAUAAAAUCAGUACGAUCCGUACAAUAUAUACAUUUUAAUAGAUCAACAAAUAAACACAUAAGCUGCUCCAAAGAAUUUAUAACAUACCGUGCUGAAACAUACUGAUACAAAUCGCAACCCUCAAUGUAAUGCCUUAAAGGACCACUAUAGUGCCAGGAAAAAAAGGGUUAACCCUAGCUGGACCUGGCACCCAGACCACUUCAUUAAGCUGAAGUGGUCUGGGUGCCUAUAGUGGUCCUUUAAACAACUACAAUCCAGUGUGUUACUAUGUAGGAUAAUCCUGUAAAGAUUGCAACACUUAAGAAAUUUUAAAUACUUUGAAAACAGAAUAAUCAUUAGUUCCCCAUUCAUAAUAAAAGCUAUGUACCUUUUUUGUAAAUGGGAAGCUACUGACUGGCUUAGAGCGUCAGCUGACCACUCUAGCCAACCAACAGCACUCCUGCCCGGCGGCACUUUGUCCACGCUUCCUGUAACUCUGUUUCAGAAGCUGGAUUCCGCUUGGGUGACCUUGAGAUCAGUGCUGGAGUCAACCUUUGGGGUUAAACCAUUUCAGAAUGGUUAAACUCUUAAAGGGUCCUGCAGUGCCCCAUCCCAUGUUGCUGAAGGGGUUAAAACCCCUUCAGUGACUUACCUGAAUCCAGCGUCUAUGUCCCUCAGAGCUGGGUCAGGCUCUGCUCACGCCCCUCCUCCCCCGCGAACCUAAUGCACAUGCGUUGCAACGGCCACACACGCGCAUUAGACCUCCCCAUAGAAAAAGCAUUAUUCAAUGCUUUCCUAUGGGGAUUCCGGCGACGCAGGAGGUCCUCAUGCAUAGCAUGUGUGACAUGUCAUGAUUCCCUUUUAUUCCAGAAGUUUGGUCCUUAAGGGGUUAAGGGUGAUGGGAGUUGGCACCCAGACCAUUCCAAUGGGCAGAAGUGGUCUGGGUGCCUGGAGUGUCCCUUUAAGUUAAGAGAGCGUCUGCGGGCCUCCUGCAACCAUAACAACUUAAUUUAGUUAAAGUGAAUGGAGUGUUCCUUUAGUAAUGUUUACCUGUGGAUACUAUCUUAAAUAAAUAACAGUUAUUUUCCAAAUGUGCAAAGUAAAAUCCUUCCCAGUAGAAACUGUUACAUUACUGUUACUAUGUUGCAUUUGCUGCCUGUACCCCAAUGUUACAUCUCUCUCGCUGUGUCUGCAGGCCGUGGCGGGAGGAGUGGGGCUUCCUCUGUCUGUGCAAUGUGCGGCUCUGCCGUAUCAGGAUGAACUAUGCCUGCGCUUCAUGAAAGAGGUGGAGACCCUGCACCGCGAGAAGAAAAACAGGAAAUAA